AUCAGCCAUCGUCUUCCCUCACCAGGCUCUCAAACAAACCUCACGCGCCAGAAUCCCUCUCAUUGUCAACAGCAGCACCCGCCCCGUCGACUCGCCCACCCGAGCAGCGGAGCACCGCUGUGGCGGAGUCCUUGACGGGGACGUGCACCCGGGUAAUAACGACAAAACUGCUGUUUACAUGAAUGCAAGCUGAUUCUCUCCGGUUUGCUGCAACCAGGCUGGCUGCAGCUGAGCUAUUCAUGCUGUGUUGACAUGGAGGAAAAAAGAUCCAGCUGAAGAAGGAGAAAGAAGGGAGAGGACUGCUGACUCCAUGUCUUCACCUUCAAAUAAAAGAUCUGGCUCUGGAUCACGCAAAUUCAACCUGCUGAAGGCCCUACAGCCUAAGCACCGCUUGCAACAAAUGCUGUCGUCUCCCACUGCAUCCCCUGUUUUUGACUAUUGCAGGUUUAUAGAGCUAGACUACACACCCAUGGAGUCAGGCAUUAUGGUCUCUAUGAGACAGAGCAGAGGAUUUCUGACACCAAAGUCCCCGGAACACCACUGUCGGCGGAGUCCAGCACCUGUCAGUAACCGUGAUCCCUAUGGAAAUGCUUCUCUCAGCAGCAGUAGCAAUUCAGGGUCAUGCAAGGGCAGCGAUGGAAGCCCGACCCAUAGGCAUCACAUAAAAUACACCUCCUGCAAUGAUAACCAUGGUAUCCGGCCCCCUCCACCUGAGCAAUACCUUACCCCACUGCAACAGAAAGAGGUGUGUAUCAGACACCUCAGAGCACGGCUCAAAGAAACCAUCGAAAGGCUGCAGGACAGGGACACUGAGAUUGAUGAGUUGCGUACUCAGCUGUCUCGUAUGCAAGAGGACUGGAUUGAAGAAGAAUGCCACCGCGUGGAGGCCCAGCUGGCUCUAAAGGAGGCUCGCGGGGAGAUCCAGCAGCUUAAGCAAGUUGUCGAUGUUGUCAGAUUCAGUCUGGGAGACACCGACACUGGAGUGCAAAAGUGCUUCCAAGACAAAAAUCUCCAGAACCACAAGCUGGAGUCUUUAUUGCAGAGCAUGGAGCUGGCACCGAUCGGGCCCACCAAAACAGGAGAAACCCUGGCAGGUGGAGGGGUGGUGGGGGCAGGGCUGGAGGUCAGCGAGGGCCUGGUGGGGUCUUCCGAAGGCUCCCCAGCUCGCUCGCUUACCUGCAGCUCUACGUACACCAAGCUAAGUGACCAGACUGGCCAGGAAUGUGGUGGUAAUGAAAAUGGGUGUGAUAUUCCAUGUUUGUCAGGCGAGGGCACGCAGGACAGCGGGUUUGUUUGCUGUGGAGACAGUGGAAGAGGAGCAAGCAAGGCAGAUCUGCUCCUGGAGGCUGCGUUUCUGUCUCAAGAGACAGCCUCGCUGCUCAAUGCGUACUCCCGCCUGCCACACUCCUCCACCUACGAUGCACUGUGCAACAGCGAGCCUAGAGUUGUGCCUCUCCGCUGCAGUGGGAUCGGGACGGGGACCACUGUUAGUGUAAGUCAUCCAUGUCUGUCGCAUCAUCACCUAUACCUGCAUCACCUGCGUGAGCAAGGCAUUCAAACUGACUAUGAUCAUGCCCCUGCUUCGGCCCCUGCCCAUGGUCCCAGUACAUCCUUUAACUCUGAUCUAGACACUAUUGCUGAGCGCACCUUCCGCUCUAAGGCCUGCAGUCCAACCUCUACCUGGAUGUCUGACGAGAAAGAUGAUCUGGAGUCCGUAGCCACAGAAUCAGCCAUUACGGCAACAGUUGCCACAACUUCUGUCAUCACAGACUUUUCCACUGAGUCUGCACCAGCUGUUGCAAUAGAGCCUUGGGCAUCAGCUGCAUCUGUUUCAAAAGGACCUGCGACUUUAGCGUUGAUCCCCAUGGAGUCCUCUGUUAAGGAGACAACUGUUUCAGAGCCCCUUACAGUCUUACCAAUCACCACAACAGCUUUGACCACAGAGACCAUUGGAUCCCAAGUAACCAACUCUGUUCAACCUCAACCUGUAACAGACCCUUUGCCAAACCCUGGCACCUCCCCUUGCUCCGUGCAGCCAUUGGUUGAGACAGAAUUGGAGCCCCUUCCACAGACCACUCAGCCUCGUAGUGGACUAACAGAGGCUGGGGUUGAAGGGGAUCAUGUCAUAAAUAUAGUUGCAGACGAUGAAGACGUGGAUGGCGAGAGUGCUAUGAACACAGAGUCCAAGUCGUCUGGCUGUGGUUUACCAGCAAAGAACUACUGGAGCCGGCACUUCCUAGUGGAUCUGCUUGCGGUGGUUGUGCCAGUGGUCCCCACAGUGGCGUGGCUCUGUCGGGGUCCACACCGUGUUGGUCAGCCAAUAUACCAUAUUGGUUCUCUAUUGCGGGGUUGCUGCACCGUGGCUCUUCAUUCUCUGCGUAGAGGAGGAGGCCUUCGGCACUACCCCACAGGAGGAGGUGGUCCAGGGGGAAUGAGUAUAUGAGACCAGCUCUUCUCUCAGGGGAAGUGCUGAAGCCAGUGAUAUCACUGUUGUUCUGUAAGAUGUGCAAUUAGGGAAUGGUUAACACAUGUAAAAUGAAUUGAGGCAACUAGUGGAAGGAUAGUGUCUGAGCACAGUACCUUAAUGCUGUGGUUCUCUAUGGUAUAUAUCCAAGACAAGAUAAGAAUGAGGAAGGGGGAUCACUAGCAUGUAUUUGAACCAACAAAUAAGAUGCUCAUGAAGUUCAGGACAUCAAGCGAGCUUUCACCUUUUUCCACAACUACUACCCUG